AAUAGGCACCAAGCUCUGAAGCCAAGAAACCACACAACCAAAACACACGAUCGAGCUAGCUAGCUUACUAGUUGAGACACAACAACAAAGCAGCCGGUCGGUUGCCAUGGCGUCCUCUGCAACUGCGUCUGGAAACGGAAGCAUCGCUGAGAGGUGGCGCGAGCUCCAGGGCGAGCACUCGUGGAACGGCCUCUUGGACCCGCUGGACCUGGACCUCCGCAAGUCCAUCAUCUCCUACGGCGAGCUCGUGUCUGCCGCUCUCGACGGGUUCAACAACGAGAAGCGCUCGCCCCACGCCGGCGACUGCAUGUACGGGACCACCGACCUGCUGUCCCGCUCUACAGUGGCCGCCGCCGGCAACUACAGGGUCACCAAGUUCAUCUACGCCACGGCGGCGGAGCCGGCCCUGCGCGACGCGUUCCUGGUCCUGCCGAACGCGGCGCUCAGGGACCCGUGGUCCACGGAGUCCAACUGGAUCGGGUACGUUGCCGUGGCCACGGACGACGGCGUGGCUGCGCUGGGGCGGCGCGACAUCCUCGUGGCGUGGCGCGGGACGCUGGCCCUCGAGUCGCUCAAGGACGUCGGCGACGCGCUGGUGCCCACCGCGCCGGCGCUGGGGCAACCGCUGGGCAGCGUGCACGGGGGCUUCCUGUCCCUGUACACCUCCAGCGACGCCGGCUCCGAGUUCAACAAGAUCAGCGCGAGGGCGCAGGUCCUGGAGGAGGUGAGGAACCUGGUGGAGCAAUACAAGGACGAGGUCACAAGCAUCACCGUUGCCGGCCACAGCCUCGGUGCGUCCCUCGCCACCCUCAACGCCAUUGACAUGGUAGCCAACGGCGUCAAUGGCGCCUCUUCCCAGCCGCCGCCGUGCCCAGUGUCGGCGGUCGUGUUCGCGAGCCCGCGCGUCGGGGACGAAUCCUUCGCGGCGGCCUUCCGCUCGUUCGGUGACCAGCUCAGGGCCCUGCACGUGAAGAACAGCGGCGACCAGGUGACCUUGUACCCGACGGCGAAAGGGUACUCCGACGACGUGGCCGUGACGCUUCCCGUCAACCCGUCACUGUCGCCGUACCUUAGGUCGCCGGCCACGCAGCAGACACUGCACAACCUCGAGUGCUACCUGCACGGCGUCGCCGGCGAGCAGGGCAGCGCUGGAGGAUUCAACCUGGAGGUGUGCCGCGACGAGGCGCUAGUGAACAAGGAUGCGGACGGGCUCAAGGACGAGUAUCAUGUGCCGGCGAGCUGGUGGGUGGUGCUGAACAAGAGCAUGGUCAAGAAUGCCAAAGGGAAAUGGGAGCUCAGGGACUUCGAGUAACCCCUGCUGCUGACGAAGAAGCUUGCUAGCUUUGCGCCUACCAUAACGCCGCCAUCGAUUUGUUUGUGUUUCGUUCGCAUUUCACAUCUUUGUUUAUGUUUAUGUUUUUGUUUGUGUUGUGUUGUUUUCUUUUCUUAAUAAUGUUGUGAGGAUACAUGAUGUAUCCCAAGCCGGUAUCACACUACACGUUAAUAAUGUUGGCGGGCUACGUUUCAUUGUAAUUUCAAAUAAACAUAUAUUUAUGUCUGUUAGAACACUCAUCUAGAUAUCUGUUAGCAUUUGUAAUGUCAUUGCCACAUUGAAAUUUCACCUCUGUAGUAAUUGAUGUAAAAUUGUU